UCCACUCCCACUGUAGUCGGGUUUUAUUCGCAGUCAGCUAGUAGCGGAGCUAACAGCUAGCGGACCCGCUUACCGCUGUCUCAUUCACUAAGAAGCCAGUUUGUAUAUCGCACUACAUCUUCGAGGAUUUUAGAAAGUGUUCACCAUGAAGAACAUCAAGAUGCCAUCCUGACGUCCACUCGGGGGUCAACGACGCUCUGUCGGCGACUGACAUGGAUGCAAGUGACAUUAAGGAUGUGAAACUUUCAGCCGAAGUGGAACCAUUCAUCCCACAGAAAAAAGGUCUCGAAGGAUCCCUGAUCAGUAUGAGUCUUCUCGGAGAGCCGGCGAGUGGUGGAGGCGGUGGUGAAGGCAUACGAGGGAGUAAUGGAGGGGUUGAAACCACUCCUAUACCAAGCUACCUCAUCACCUGUUACCCUUUUGUGCAGGAGAAUCAACACAACAGGCAACAUGUAAUGUACAAUGGAGGGGAGCCGCGCUGGCAGCAGCCUAACCCAAGCCCUGGUGGUCCCUACCUGGCCUACCCAAUCAUGUCCUCCCCUCAGCCACAUGUGUCCAAUGACUAUGCCUACUACCAGAUUAUGCCUGCCCCGUGUCCCCCAAUGAUGGGAUUCUAUCAAACAUUCCCUGGCACCUAUGCAGGGCCACUGCAACCUGGGGUUGUCAACCAAGUUUCGGCAGAUGUUGGCGAUAGGACUCUCCCUGUUGUGCCAACUUAUGGGAUGGCGAAUCAACGAGAAAGAGGCAUGCUCCAACCUAAUCUCCCAAAGCAUCAGGUCAGUGUUUGCCAGCCUCCGAGGGGUCGCCGUCCCCCACCCAGGAAUGUAAUGAUCCAGAAGGAGGUGUGCGCAAUUGGACCUGAUGGUAGAAGUAAAAAAGUUCUACUGGUGGAUGCAGCUCAGCAGACAGAUUUCCCAAUUGAGGUGUCUGGGCGGUGUACUGCAGAGCAGGCUAGUCCCCUGCUGUGGAAGAACCGCACAAAGAAGCGGCAGUCAUCUAAUCUGUCUGAAAGCUACUUUGAUCAGAGCCUCAGUGAGGCCGAUAUAGACAGCGACAGUGGCUACUGUAGCCCCAAACAUAACCAGGCAGCAGGGGUAACACAGCGAACAAUCGAGACCUCUACAACAUCCACGGGGGUUGAGACUGGUGUAAUGCCAACAGGUACAUGGGCAAAUGUAGCUUCUCAGGCUACCCAUAAUUCCUGGGGAGACAGGAGUGGCCAAUUUCACAGAGCAGACCACAGGAAGAAUCAUGAGCAGAGGAGCUUUACACAGGAUUUUCAUAGUGGUUGUCCAAAGCAUGUUCAGCCAAACCAGUCAGAACAAAGACUGCAGCCAGUGGUGGCCACAAAUGAUGGGCUUAAUCCAAAGCCUCUUUACUUUGAGAUAGAACAUCUACCACAAAGCUCCCCUAUCAGCAUUGUGCAGACACCAAUCCCAAUUACUACAUCUGUUCCCAAGAGAAUUAAAAGCCAUAGGAAAAAGGCCCUGGCUGCUGCCUUGGCCACUGCUCAAGAAUACUCUGAGAUCAGCAUGGAACAGCAGAAAUUAAAGGAGGCGCUCACCAAGACAGCAGGCAAGAAGAGCAAAACUCUUGUCGAGCUGGACUUAGGAGACAUGCUGGCAGCAUUGGCUAAAGAGCAGCAGUCGAUGAAGGCCAGACAACUCACCAAUACCAAGCCAUUGUGUUUUACAGUUGGAACAACUGCUUCACUCCACAGAUCUGGUUCUACUAAUUUAGCAGCCAUGUUGAAGGGUCAUCAGCAACCACACUUGGCCUCCUCUAACACUAUGGAUUCUAGUGCUCCUCGUAUAAAACGAACAAAGGACCGGGAGAUCCCUAAAGUAAAGCGACCGACUGCCCUAAAGAAGAUUAUUUUAAAGGAGCGAGAGGGCAAAAAAGGCAAAACACUUGAUCAAGAGUCAUCAGGCCAAGAAGAACACGAGAACGAUUGUUUACUUUUUACUGAAGAUCUAUCGCAGGAACCUGCAUCUCAAGAAGAAAACGGUCUCAGUGCUCCCAGCGACACAUCGCUCUCCCCUGCCAGUCAGAAUUCUCCAUAUAGCAUCACCCCAGUAUCCCAGGGUUCUCCUUCCAGCUCUGGCAUCGGUAGUCCCAUGGCUUCCAACACAAUUACAAUAAUACACAGUCGACGUUUCCGAGAGUACUGUAGCCAGGUGUUGAGCAAGGAGAUAGAUGAGAGUGCAACAGUGCUGCUACAGGAACUUGUCCGCUUUCAGGAGUGUGUGUACCAGAAUGACCCCAACGAUGCAAAGUCUGAGCGCCGUCUUGUCAUGGGUCUCAGGGAGGUCACUAAGCACAUGAAGUUGUCAAAGAUAAAGUGUGUCAUUAUUUCUCCCAACUGUGAAAAGGUCCAAGCCAAAGGUGGCUUGGAUGAAGCUCUGUACAAUGUUAUUGCUAUGGCCAGAGAUCAGGGGAUUCCGUUCGUGUUUGCCCUAGGCAGAAAAGCGCUGGGGCGCUGUGUCAACAAACUGGUUUC